UUAUUUUAUUUUCUCUCAGCGACAGAAACCUCGCCCCUCCCCCAUCUCCCACCCUGCUUGCGCGUCGGUGUUUAUCCCAUUUCAAUUUCCAUUUUUCUUUUUAGUUUGAAUGAUUUUUCUCUGAAUUGGUUGGGAGGGUCGUUCCAACCACUCGAUUUCGUUCCCUUAGGGUUCUUAGGAUAUGUGCUCAAUCCAUGUGUUUUGAUCUGUUUUGAUUUCUCAUGCGCGUGUGCCGUGAUUCCGUUGGCUCGUUGCUCCGAUCCAAGAGUUGCAGAUUUUGAAUUCAGCAAUGGCAUCGGCGCAGAACCCAGCGCCGAACGUGGAUCUCUUCGAUGCCUACUUUCGACGUGCCGAUUUGGAUCGCGAUGGUCGAAUUAGUGGCGCUGAAGCGGUUUCCUUCUUUCAAGGCUCUGGAUUGCCCAAACCGGUUCUUUUUCAGAUUUGGGCGCUUUCAGACCCUAGACAGAUUGGCUUCCUUGGUCGGGCGGAGUUUUAUAAUGCCCUUAGGCUGGUCACCGUAGCACAGAGUAAGAGGGAAUUAACUCCUGAUAUUGUGAAAGCAGCGUUGUUUAGCCCAGCUGCAUCCAAAAUACCAGCACCACAAAUAAAUUUCAAUACCCAGCCUGCACCUCAGUUCAAUUCUACUGCACCAGUAUCUACACCUCUGAGUGGCAUUGGUGCUCCUACGCCCUCCCAAAGUUCUGGGUUGGAAUUACAGGUUCCACGAAACAUCACUACGAAUGUUCCGCUGGUUUCUUCUAGAGAGAGUCAGUUAGUUAGGCCUCCGUUGGCAACUUCAAAUUCUGCUUUCCGUCCAGCGCAGGGAUUUUCAGGAGUUGGCACUGUCUCGGGGACACUUCCAACAAAUUCAAUCAUCUCAAAUGAUUGGGUUAGUGAACGUGCCAGUGGAAUUCAGGGGACACCCUCGCAACCUCCGAACAGAGGAGUCAGUCCUGUUGGAAUGCAGGUCGGAUUUGGCCAAUCAAGUGCUGGACUAACAACUUCUCAACCCCAAAGGCCUCAGUCUGCUCCUGGAGUAAUGCCUGCUGCAUCAUCACCUGUGGAGAGUAAAGUGCAAGGUAUUACUGGAAAUGGGACUGCUUCUGGGUCUUAUUUUGGAAGAGAUGCCUUUCCUGCAACCCCAGUUUCUUCAAAACAAGAUGUCCCUGCUGGCAAUAAGACUUCCUCAUCAGUCACUGUUCCUGUGUCUUCUGUUACACAACCAAUAGUUAGAGCAACUUCCCUUGAUUCUUUGCAGAAUUCUUCUAUGAAACUGCCUCUCGCUAAUCAGGCCCUACAGAACGAGCCACAUGGGAAGCCCAAUCAACAGAGCAUAUUGCAACCUGCUUCCUCUGGAUUAUCAACAGGAUUGCACAACUCUGUUUCUGGACAGUCUCAGCGCCCUUGGCCUAGAAUGACACAGACUGAUGUGCAGAAGUAUACCAAAGUUUUUGUUGAGGUGGAUAAAGAUAGAGAUGGAAAAAUUACCGGUCAAGAAGCACGCAACUUGUUCUUGAGUUGGAGGCUGCCAAGAGAGGUUUUAAUGCAAGUGUGGGACUUAUCCGAUCAAGAUAAUGAUAGCAUGCUUUCUGUCAGGGAGUUCUGUAUCGCACUUUAUUUGUUGGAGCGGCAUAGGGAAGGACAUGUUCUUCCUGCUAUGCUUCCUAGCACCAUCAUGUUUGAUUUUCCCAGCAAUGGUCAUCCUGUGACUCCAGCUGCAUCUAACCAUAGCAAUGCAGCUUGGAGAACGACAGCUGGUCACCAACAGCACCAAGGGGUUCCUGGGCCUGGUAAUCUUCAUGGAGCUUCUACAAUUGGAGUACGUCCGCCUAUACCUUCUGCUGCCCUCCCGGUUGGGGAUGAGCCACAGACCAAUCAACCUAAAUCAAAGGUUCCUGUGCUGGAUAAAAAUCUUGUUAGUCAACUCAGUACAGAAGAGCAGAACUCCCUCAACUCAAAGUUCCAAGAAGCAGAAGAUGCUGAGAAAAAGGUUGAAGAACUGGAGAAAGAAAUUUUGGACUCUAGACAGAAAAUCGAGUAUUAUCGUACUAAAAUGCAGGAACUUAUUUUGUACAAGAGCAGAUGUGACAAUCGGUUGAAUGAAAUAUCUGAAAGAGUGUCUUCAGAGAAACGUGAGGUAGAGUCCCUUGCCAAGAAAUAUGAAGAGAAAUAUAAACAAUCUGGUGAUGUAGCCUCCAGAUUAACCGUUGAAGAAGCUACAUUCCGUGAUAUACAGGAAAAGAAGAUGGAACUGUAUCACACGAUUGUAAAGAUGGAACAAGAUAUCAGUGAAGAUGGUGUUCUUCAGGCUCGUGCUGAUCGUAUUCAGUCAGAUAUUGAAGAGUUGGUGAAAGUUCUCAAUGAACGCUGCAAGAGUUAUGGUUUGCGUGCAAAACCAAUAACUCUGACGGAACUUCCGUUUGGCUGGCAACCUGGAAUCCAAGUGGGUGCUGCUGACUGGGAUGAAGAUUGGGACAAACUCGAAGAGGAAGGUUUCUCUGUUGUCAAGGAGCUCACUCUUGAUGUACAAAAUGUCAUUGCCCCUCCCAAGCAGAAAUCUAAGUCAGUACAAAAAGAAAAAGGUUCAGCCGUUGACAGCCAAAACGUUACACCUGCAGAGGAUGCUGAUACCCAGGAAGGAGGUUCUGCACCAGAUGCUGAUACCAAGGGAGAGAAACCGCCCUCUAUGGAUGAAACAGCUGUUGAAAAUGGUUCCGCACAUGAUAAUAAAAGUGAAAAUGGGUCAGCCAAAAGUGCUCCUAACAGCCCCUUCGCACCCAAAAGAUCACCUAGCAGCCCCUUCGCACCCAAAAGUGCACCUAGCAGCCCCUUCGCACCCAAAAGUGCUCCUAGCAGCCCCUUUGCAAGUAGUGUUAUUGGAAGUCCCAAGGAAUAUAUGGAUUCCAGUUUUGGAAAGGCUGCUGGCUUUGAUGCUUCCCCCCAUGCUAAGGACGCUUUAAGUGACCAUGGAGGUGCAGGAUCUGUGUUUUCUGGUGACAAGAGCUACGACGAACCAGCUUGGGGAGCAUUUGAUGCAAACGAUGAUAUUGACUCUGUUUGGGGCUUUAACGCAGGAGGUUCCACCAAGGCCGACAAUGAUGUAACCCGGGACAGCUACUUUUUCGAUUCUGGGGAUUUCGGCUUGAAUCCUAUUAGAACAGAUCCAUUCCAGGCUAAGAGAAGCACAUUUGCUUUUGACGAGUCUGUUCCUAGCACCCCACUCGUCAACUCAGGAAAUUCACCACAUAAUUACCAUGAUGGAUCGGAACCAAGCUUUGACAGCUUCUCAAGGUUCGAUUCUUCCAGCGUGCAUAACAGUGGUUUUUUCCCUCCUAAGGACACAUUUACACGGUUCGAUUCGAUGCGCAGCAGUAGAGAUUUCGACCAGGGUCCUGGAUUCUCAUCAUUCAGUCAAUUCGAUACAACGCAUAGCAACAGAGACUUCGAUCAGGGAGGAUCCUCAGCACUGACACGAUUCGAUUCAAUGCGCAGCAGUAAGGACUUCGAUCAGGGAUCCCCUUCACUGUCACGAUUUGAUUCAAUGCGUAGCAGCAAGGACUUCGACCAGGGAUUCCCUUCAUUGGCAAGAUUCGAUUCAAUGCGCAGCAGCAAAGACUUCGAUCAAGGUCAUGGAUUCCCAUCAUUCGAUGAUCCAGACCCGUUUGGAUCGACAGGGCCAUUUAGAGCGUCCAUGGAUAAUCAAACUCCAAAGAAAGGAUCAGAUAAUUGGAGUGCCUUUUAGCCAGGUUUGAAUUACUAAUUUUUCGAAUGAUAUGUUUUGUCUAAAGCGUUCUAGAACGGGUUAAGCUAAAGCUAAGCUGGGAUGAUAUGAUAUAAUACUUGAGAUGUAGGUUUGUCCUCAGUGUGCCAUCUUUGCCUCAGGUUGAUGCCUUCUUCUGCUCACCUCGUGUAUUCAAUUUUUUAUAUAAAUUUUAAAUUCAUUUGUAUGA